AUGCGUUUUCGUCAAUGGAUUUCACCGACAUAUAAAAAUCUAUAUGAUGCAUGUUUAAAUCAAGCACCAUUUUAUUCUAAUGAAACUAUAAAAGAAACUCGACCUGAUCAUAGUUAUUGUCGACCAUGGAUAGAUGAUCCAACAAUAUCAACUGCACUUCCACGAGUUCAACUUUUUUUAAAUUCAACUUCAAUAAAUGAUUCAAUUAUCGAUAUUGAUGAUAAUCAAAAAUUAAUUAAUGAAAAUAUUAAAAAUAUUAAUUGGACACCAACAAUUAAUACAAUUAUACCCGAUAUAUUUGAAUGUUUACAACAAACUAAUGAAAAUCUUACACAAGAACAACAAAUAUUUAUUCAAGAUAUUUGUGAAUUAAUUAAUGAAACACAUAUUGCUUCAUUAUGUUGUGAAUCAAAUAAUUGCAAUGUUGUCUAUUGGCGUUUAUCAAUACAUCAUAUUGUAGCAAAACUUUAUUCACUUCUUACUCUUCAUUCAAAUUAUAAAAAUUUACUUGAUUGGCUUCAUGAAUAUAUAUGUAAAACAUUUGAUCGAAUAUCAAUUGGUCAUUAUGUAGAUUUAUUUCAAAUACUUUAUGAUGAGUAUCCUAAUAUUCGUUCAUUAUUUAUUGAAAAAAUGAAAUCAUAUUCAACAACAACAACAGAUCUUAAUUCAUAUGUUUAUAAUAAAUUACUUCAAAAACCAAAUGAUCUUACUGAAGAAGUUAUUUAUAGUAUAACUUUGUCUUCAUUACCAAUACCAAUUGUUUGUCUUUUAAUUCCUGGUUUAAUAUAUGGUAGUCAUAUGGAACGUAUUCAAUUUUGGCAAAGAAAUCUUUCUCAAGUAGCAAUAGUUAUGCUUUCAACAAUGAUUGAAAAAGAUAAUAAAUCAGAACAAUUACAAAUUCAAACAGCUUAUGAAGAUAUUAUUACGAAAUUUAAUGAAAUUCGUCAACUCUAUCCAAAUCAUCAUAUUAUGUUUCUUGGUUGGAAUGUUGGUUGUAUUCUUGCACUUAAAGCUGCACUUGUUUGUUCUGUUUCAUCUGUCAUUUGUAUGUCUCCACCAUUCGAAGCUUUAUCUGAAGAAACAAAAAAUGAUUUUACUCAAAUAAAUGCAUCUAUAUUAUUUAUAACCGGUGAAAAACAAUAUACAAAUCAAAUUGAUCAUUAUCGUCAACGACUUAAAUCUCGUAAUGGUUUAAUUGAACUAGGUCAAUGUGAUGAUAAAUUAUAUAUGUCUGAAAAUGGAAAAUAUCGUUUUCGUUUAACACAACAAUUAAUUGAUAAAUUAAUUAUGGAAGAAAUUCUUGAUUUUAUUAUAAUAAUAUCACCAAGAUCAAAUCGAACACCAUUUGAAGAAGUCGAUGAUGAAAAUAAAAAGAAAAAAACCGAACAUGUUCCUUCUACUACAUUAUCAUAUAUAGAAGAUUCAGAAGAACCUUUUCUUUAUACGGGUUUAAAUUCUAAUGAUAUUACAUCAACAACUUUAACAAUUCCACCUGAACAAGAUCCAAAUUCAAUUUUUCUAAAUACUAUUCUUCCAACAUCAACAUCAACACGAAAACGUAAAGGUUCAACUUUAACAAAUUUAUUAGAAAAUGAUCGUUCAACAGGAACAAUAACAACGAAUUCAUCCAAUACAACUACUACAACAAAACGAGGACGUCAUCGAACUAAAAAUUUACCACCUAUUGAUGAUAUGGAAUGGGCACCUGAUAAAGAAAAACGUCCUAUUAAAUCAACUAAUAAAAAACAAAAUAAACAAACAAUACCACCACCAACAUCAACAACAAGUAUACUUAAUACAUUAUUACAAUUACCAUCAAAUCAACCAAAACAACGAAUAAAUGAAACAAAUAUAAUAAAAACUAUUCAUCAACAACCGUCAUUUGUAAAUACUGUAUUAUCAUCAAAUCCUUUUCAUUAG